UGCACGCACAUUCCAACUUCAUAUUGUUCUUUGCAGUACUCUCACCACACAAACACUGAUAACUAGCCGGAGGAGGAGAUGGAGGCAGCUAUUGAAACGGCGAGUUGGCUUCUCAGCAAGGCGCUCGCAAAGCUCUCGGACGAGCUGGUGGCCGCGUUCGUUGCCACCAGCUCCGAGCUCGGCCACAACUUCCAGAGCAUGAAGCACUGGCUGUGGCACACGCAAGGGCUGCUACACGCAGCCCGGAUCAGGGACAUGAGCAACAACCCUGGUCCUGGCCUGCAGGGCUUGCUCGCGGAGCUAAGCAAGAAGGCAGAUGAGGCCGAGGACUUGCUGGAUGAAAUCUGCUACUUCAUGAUCCAGGAUCAACUCGACCACACCAGCGAGGCCACCAUCCAGGACCCCGCCCCAAAUAUAGGCGAUCUCGUCCGUGGUCGUGCUCGUGAUGCUCACCAUGCUCUUCGCCACACCAUCGGUAACUGGCUUCCAUACUUUUCAAAUCCGGGUUCUGUCAACAGUAGUAGUAACACGUCCCGCAAAAAACAAAAAACAAAUAGUAGUAGUAACCCACAUCAUGCAACCAACUCUGGUGGCACUGAUGAUGCUUGCCCCAUCGACAGGCUAUCUUUCGACAGAGUAGACAUGUCCAACAGAAUCAAGUCCAUAAUUGAGGAAAUGAACUCUACAUGUGAACAUGUCUCCGACUUACUCAAAAUUGCAAACCAAAGUAGCACUGCAAUAACCACAACCCUCACCCUCAAAAGGCCAACCACGGGUUCAACAGUGGUGCAAGAUAAGUUGUUUGGGAGGGGUGACAUUUUUGAUAAAACUGUAACUGCUCUUACCGGUGGCACAUAUCACACUGAAACCCUCUCUAUUUUGCCUCUUGUUGGCCCUGGGGGUAUAGGAAAGACAACCUUCACCCAACACUUGUACAGUGAUGAAAAGAUCAUGAGGCACUUCACUGUCAAGGUAUGGGUAUGUGUCUCAACUGAUUUUGAUGUGCUUAACCUCACCCGGCAGAUCCUUAGAUGUGUACCUACAACAGAAAAAGAAGGAAACAAAAUUGUAAUCGAGACUGCCAAUUUAGACCAGCUUCAAAUAUCCAUUGCAGAGAGACUGAAGUCCACCAGGUUUUUAAUUGUCUUGGAUGAUAUUUGGAAAUGCAGCAGCGAAGGUGACUGGAAAAACCUAUUAGCUCCAUUCACUAAGGGGGAAACCAAGGGUAGCAUGAUUCUUGUCACAACCCGGUUUCCAUUAGUAGCACAUAUGGUGAAAACAACUGAUCCAAUAGAACUGCAUGGUUUGGAGCCUAAUGACUUCUUCACACUCUUUGAGUUUUCUAUAUUUGGUCAUAGCAAACCCCGGGAUUAUGAAGAUGACUUAAUUGGUGUUGCAAAAGAUAUUGCAAAAAGACUAAAGGGUUCACCACUAGCAGCCAAUACAAUCGGUCGGUUAUUGAGGAAAAACCUUUCUAAAGGAUAUUGGAAGGGAGUUCUUGAAAAAGAUGAGUGGCAACACAUGAAAAAUGAUGAUGAUAUUAUGCCAUCUCUUAAAAUUAGCUAUGAUUACCUUCCUUUCUAUCUAAAAAAAUGCUUUUCAUACCUUGCCCUCUUCCCUGAAGAUUAUAAGUUUUAUGAUAUAGAAAUUACUCGUUUUUGGAUUGCAGUAGGUAUCAUAAACUCUAGUUGCCAAAACGAUAAAAAUUACUUAGAAGAGCUAGUGGAUAAUGGUUUUCUCAUGAAGGGGUUUGAUGGGUUUGGUGAUCAAUGUUAUGUGAUGCAUGAUUUAUUCCAUGAACUGUCUCGGAAUGUUUCAUCACAAGAAUGUGUCAAUAUAAGUAGUUUAUGUUUUAGUGCCGAUAGCAUCCCAAAAUCUAUUCGGCACUUAUCAAUCACCAUAGAAGAUAUAUAUGGUGAAAGUUUUGAAGAAGAAAUGGGUAUACUAAAGAGAAGGGUAGACAUUGGAAAUUUGCGGACUUUGAUGAUUUUUGGGUUACAUAAUGCACGAGUAGAUAAUAUUUUCAAAAGUACAUUUGAAGAAAUAAAGAGUCUGAGAGUUCUGUUUAUAGGAAUGAACACUCCACAAUCUUUGCCAAAUGGAUUUUCCAAUCUUAUCCACCUCCAAUACCUUAAAAUUAGAUCACCUUAUAUAGAAGAAAUGACUUUACCUAGCUCAUUAUCUAGAUUUUACCACUUGAAAUUUUUGGACCUCGUAUAUUGGCAUGGAAGUAAAAAAUUGCCUAAAGACAUUAACCGCCUGGUGAAUCUACAACAUUUCCACUCAUCCAGAGAACUCCAUUCCAAUAUUCCUGAGGUUGGAAAGAUGAAGUGUUUACAGGAGCUAAAAGAAUUCUAUGUAAAGAAAGGGAGUGUUGGGUUUGAAUUGAGAGAGCUGGGGGAAUUGAGAGAGCUUGGAGGAAAACUCCGUAUAUGUAAUCUUGGAAUGAUUGCAUCCAAGGGAGAAGCUAGUGUUGCCAAACUGAAGAACAAAAGAAAUAUGAAAAAGUUGCGAUUAAUCUGGGGUCCACAACACCAGACUAUACAUGAUGAUGUUCUUGAUGGUCUUGAACCACACCCUAAUCUUUUGGUGCUUCAUAUAAUAAAUCCGGGUGUCGCCCCUUGUCCUAGCUGGCUGUGCGGCGAUAUUAGCACAAAAAGGUUAGAGUCUCUCCAUCUGGAGAAUGUAUCUUGGAGUACACUUCCACCUUUUGAGCAGCUACCACACCUCACCAAGCUCACUUUGAAGAAUAUAGCUAGCAUGCAUUCUUUUGGGCCUGGCAAUAAUGGUGUUACAGAGACAAGUUUCAUGCACCUGAAGACAAUUGUGUUUGAGGAUAUGCCAGUACUCGUGGAGUGGGUUGGCGAACCUAAUAGCCAUUUGUAUUCCAGGCUUGAAAGAAUCAAAUGUGCAGGUUGUCCCCUUCUCCGCUCAUUUCCGUUCUUGGAGUACUCAAGUCGGUUUACAAACCUGUGUGAACUUGUUAUUCAUAACUGCCCUGAGCUGUCCCAGUUUCCCUCCAUGCCUCACACCUCCACACUAACAUCUCUGAGUGUGAGGAAUGCUACCUCAAAGUUGUCAUACAAUGGAAAGGAAUUCACUAUCGGAGGGUAUAAUCAUGAUUUGUCCUUUGACAAUAUGGAUAAAGUAGAGGUUAUGGAAAUUAGGGAUGUAUCAGGCAUUUCGUUGUCAGACAUCCAACGCCUAAACUCCUUGAGAAGUCUGAGUGUUGAAAGAUGUGAAAACAUUUUCUCUGCGCAACUGGAUGACAAUGUCGCCCUCCAUUCAGUUCAGAGUCUUGAGCUAGAAGAAUUAAGUAUUACAGGAGAAGAGUUUUCAAAAGCCUUGAGGUCUUUUCCAGCUAUUUCCCAGCUUAGUAUCAACAAGUGCAAGAGCCUGGUUCUUCUGCCCUUGGAGGAUGGAGGAGGACUGUGGGACCUGGUGAUGCUCCAAUCGUUUUCUGCAUCAUACUGUCACAAGUUGUUCUGUCGGUGGCCCAUGGGAGAAGUAGGAGGAGCUCAGACCAUCAAGCCUUUUCCUCCUUCCCUCAGGAAACUGAAGAUUGUCGAAGAAUCAAGCAUAAAGUCAAUGGCCCUACUCUCAAACCUCACUUCUCUCACCUAUCUAGAGCUGGUAGAUUGUGAAGAAUUAACUAUGGAUGGGUUUAAUCCUCACAUCACAACCAACCUCAAGGAUUUGUCUAUCUAUGACAAACAAAGGAUCUCUGUAGGAGCGGAUGUGCUGUCAGAGGUGGCAAGGGAUGGACUGAUGCAUGCUGGUUCAUUCGAACUGGAAAAGCUUGCGGUGAACAGCAUCUCGGCGCUGCUUGGUUCUCCAGUUUGCAGCCACCUUGCCGCUACUCUCCACACAUUACAGUUUCGAUAUGAUCGGUGGGUAGAAACCUUCACGGAAGAGCAGGAGCAAGCCCUUCAGCUCCUCACCUCGCUCCAAGAUCUACAGUUUAGUGCUUGCAGUAGUUUGCAGUCCCUACCACAACAAUUGCGUGGCCUUUCUUCUCUCAGAACAUUAGUGAUCUUUGGGUGUGAAAAAAUCAGAUCGCUGCCGCCCAAGGAGAGCCUCAACGCUUCACUAAGUACAAUAAUCGUGGCAGAUUGCAGUCCCGAGUUAACUGAGAAUGCCAAGAAUUUGAAAAAAUCAGACACAUAUUCAGCAAAAAUAAUUGUGUGCCCAUGAGAUGGGCGUCCUUCCAUUACCAUAUAAGUGACUGCAUGAUGAUC